AGUCGAAUCACGGUAGUCCAUGGAUUGGCACGAUUGGCCGCUGUUUUAAACGUUUGGUGCGUGCGCUGCUAAAAUUUGCGAUCGGAAUAGUUUUUAAAUGUUAUGUGGCGCAUUUUACACAGAAUUUUCUGUGACAAUUAAGUAUUAAGACGGCCAACUCAUUAAAACCAAGCAGUGACUCUUAAUGGCAACAAAGCUGGGAACUGCACACGAGUGGUAAUAUUUAAGCGCGUCUUUCGUGGUUAUAACUAAAAUUUUUACGUUCAGUUUACUUAUUGAGAAUUUAUGUAUGACCAGUGAAGUGACAAAUAAGAUUAUGUCAGUGUCGUCAACUAACUAAUUCCGGAUAUUUAAAAAUUUCUGAGAAAUGGACACUGAAAGUCCUGUUAUUUGGCCUGCAUGGUGUUAUUCAGGAGAAGCAACUUCCCCCACUGACACUUUUGAAACCAAUUCCCUACUACAUUCAACAAAACCAGUUCGUAGAAAGAGAAUGGAUCGUACGGUUAAUAAUAAUGGUCCUAUCUCUACUCCAUUAUCUGCAUCUACAGAUUUUGUACUACACAAUAAUAAUCAACUCAAGAACGAAAGACUGAGCCCCGGUACACCAGACACGUCAAGUAGAUCCAGAUCCGUCACGCCUAGCUCUGCCUCACAUCCUGAUACACCCCCUGCCCAGGAAAAUCCUUUAUUAGGUGGAAGGAAUUACAGCGAUUUCAUGAGAAGUUUGGCAGCGAAAUAUAAUAAUGCAAACCCAAACGAUUAUUUCAACGCAACAAGGAAUGGUUUUCCUCCACCCAUUGAUCAAAGGUUUAAGCCGGUAUUCUCAAACCUACUUCCAAUUAAUUCACAAAAUAAAGAAAAUGAUGCUAACAAUAAAAGGUCAGAUUUCCCAGUGAUGAACCCUUUUAGCAGCGUUACUGGUGCCGCUAUGUUUCCGCCCUUAAUUGACAUGUCGACAACACAAACAUUAUUAGCAAUGGUAAGAACCGCCAAAGAAGCUGAAAUACAGGGUUUAUUGAAAAAUGUGAAACGUCCAGACUCAUCGUCCCCGCUUGAUCUCUCCGCCGCUGCCCCUCCCCCGAAAAGGCCACGAUUAAAAAUUUCUCAAGGAAGUAGUCCAACAGGUGCUGGUGGUGCUACACCAACAAUUCCAAAAAGGUCAGAAAGUGAAAGUCCCAAGUUACAUGAAGACAUAUCAAACUGGUCCGUUGAAGAUGUGUGCAGCUUUAUAUCCGGAAUUGAUAUUUGUUCAGAAUAUACACAGACGUUUCGAGAUGAACGAAUAGAUGGCAGCGGUCUACCACUUCUCACCGAAGAACAUCUAACGAAUACAAUGAAUAUGAAACUGGGUCCAGCUUUAAAACUUCGCUCAAUAUUAGCGAAAAAACUUGGUUCCUGUAGUGUUUGUUUGCAUUGCAGUCAUUGUCAUAAUUCCGGAUCACCUGAACCGAGCAAUACCGCAGGAAAUACAUCAGAUUCUGGAGGAGCAUCUUGAAUACUAAACGUGAUUUUCAUGUAUUAAAGGUUCUGCAUUUUGUAAGAGGAAAUAUGUGAUGAUAAAUUAAUGAUAGUACUAUUGUACAAUGUUUAUAUGUAAAUUUAUAUUGAAAUUUCAUUCAGUAUUUACAAUUGUGGAGCAAGAAUAUUUGUAUAUUGGAACCUUAUUAGUGCAAGAAAUUUUUAUUAUUAAAAUUUGUUACUUCAUAUUAAAUUAUACGGAAACAUAAGUGUAAUAUUAUAACAUAUAUGUAUAUAUACGUUUUCACCACUUUAUUCUUUAUUUUUCCAAAAGUAUGAAACAGCUUUUUCUUGAAAAAUUUAUUUCAGCAGUUUAGAUCAUAAUAUUUAUUAAUUGUUGUAAAAGUGAUGCAAUGUUUUCAGCAAAUUUAUAACGUUAUUUAUAUAUAGGAUGUAGAUAUUCAACUAGCUCAAUACAAACGAAUUUUUGUAAAAAAGCUCACAAUAGUUAUAUUAUAUCUAAGCUAUCGAAACUAAGUCAAUUUAUAUCAUGUUUUGAAUUUAUUGUUACAGUGAAUUCGUUUUUUACACCAGAAAAAUUAUACAACAUAUUUUAAUUGUAUUGACAUUUAUUUUACUUUAUGUCAUGAAACUACAAUCAAAGAACAUUUAUACAGAAGGUGUAUAUUAUAUAUGUAAAUACAGGAUUAAAAUUAAUUUAAAUUGAAA